AUGGCUCCAUUAACACCUGCUGAUAAAAUUGGCAACUCAAACUUUUUAUCUCCUAAUAGUAUCCUCAAUAGUCGAGUGAAUGACGAUGAUGAAGAUCCAGGAUCUAUUUCAGAUGCUGCUAGUGUAAAUUCAACUACACCUUUAAAUAACGAAGACAUUACUGAAGAUGCCAUCCAAUUAUCAACUUCAAAUGAUCCAUCAUCUCCCAUUCAUAAAUUAACUACCAGAUUAACCAUCUCAUCCAAAUACGAUACACCAUUAAUAACCCCAGAAGAGUUAACCACUUUACAUGAUCCAAAAUCUUUAAAGACUUUAUAUGAGUUAGGUGGAUUCGAUAAAUUAACUCAUCUUUUACAUACCGAUAUACGACACGGUUUAAAUGAUCAUGAUCAUCAAGAUUUCCAAUCCAGAAUCCAUAAUUUUGGUGCCAAUAGAUUACCUGUGAAAGCUCAACGUUCAUUUCUUCGAUUAUGUUUCGAAGCUUUAAAAGAUAAAGUUUUGAUUUUAUUAUCCAUCGCUGCCGUGGUUUCAUUGGCUUUAGGGCUUUAUGAAACUUUUGGUGAAGGAACAGAAUACGACGAUGAAGGUAAGGCUUUACCUAAAGUUGAUUGGGUUGAAGGGGUUGCUAUUUUAGUAGCUGUUUUCAUUGUGGUUGUUGUAGGUGCUGGGAAUGAUUAUCAAAAGGAACGUCAAUUUGCUCGUUUAAAUGCUAAAAAGGAAGAUCGUGAAUUAAUCGUGCUUAGAGAUGGUCAACAAAAAUUAAUCUCAAUUUAUGAUUUAUUAGUAGGAGAUAUUAUUAAUUUACAAACUGGGGAUGUUGUUCCUGGUGAUGCUAUUUUAUUCCAAGGUGAAGUUGAAUGUGAUGAAUCAGCUUUAACUGGUGAAUCAGAAUCCAUUAAUAAAGUCCCCGUCAAUGAUGCUAUGAACAUUUAUGAAAAUUAUUUACCUACCAAUGAAGAUUUAGGUUCCUCCACUAUUAAAUUCCGUGAUCCAUAUUUAAUUUCUGGUGCUAAGGUAUUAAGUGGAUUAGGUAAUGCCGUUGUUACUGCCGUUGGGGUUAAUUCCAUUCAUGGUAGAACCAUGUUAAGUUUAAGACAUGAGGCUGAAACUACUCCUUUACAAGAAAGAUUAGAUAAUUUAGCUGAAGGUAUUUCCAAAUAUGGGUUCUUAGCUGCCUUAUUAUUAUUCGUCAUUUUAUUCAUUAGAUUCUGUAUUAAUAUUACUGGUGAUCAUAAAAAUAGUAACUUAAUCCCUACUGAAAAAGCCAAAAACUUCAUUAAUAUUUUAAUUACCGCCGUUACUAUCGUCGUGGUGGCUGUACCUGAAGGUUUACCAUUAGCUGUUACUUUAGCCUUAGCUUUUGCCACUACUAGAAUGGCUCAAAAUGGUAAUUUAGUCAGAGUGUUAAAAUCUUGUGAAACUAUGGGUGGAGCUACUGCUAUUUGUUCUGAUAAAACUGGUACUUUAACUGAAAAUAAAAUGAGAAUCGUAAAAGGGUUUUUCGGAUUAGAUUCUGAAUCAAAUACUCCUUUUGAAUUCGAUGAUUCUUCUAAUGGAGAUGGGCCAAAAUCAACUCAAAUCAUUAAUCAAUUAUCUGAUGAUUUAAAAGUAUUUGUGUGUACUAAUAUUUCUUUAAAUUCAACUGCGUUUGAAAAUGGGGAUUAUGAUCCAAAACAAGCUGAAUUAGCUAAACAAAGACCUCCAAAAAAGACAUUCUUUCAAACUUUAUUCACAUCAAGUAAAUCUCAUGAAGAUCAAAUUAAAAUGGGUCAAGUAUCUGAACCUUAUUUAGGUAAUAAGACUGAAUCAGCAUUAUUAAUAUUAGCCGCUGACAAAUUCAAUCUUUUUAAUAAAAUGAAUUUAGAACAACAUCGUCAACAAUCUCAACCUGAUAUAGUUCAAGUCAUUCCCUUUGAAAGUUCAAGAAAAUGGGCUGGUGUUGUAAUGAAAAUCAAUAACGGAUAUAGAUUAUAUGUUAAAGGUGCUGCUGAAAUCGUAUUUAAAAAUUGUGGAUUUGAAUAUAACAAUACUGGUGAAUUAAUCAAAUUAGAUAGAAAAUUACGUGAUCUUUCCUUACAUAAAAUUGAUGAAUAUGCCAAUGAUGCCUUAAGAGCUAUUGCUUUAGGUCAUCGUGAUUUCGUUAAUAUUUCACAGUGGCCACCUGCUGAAUUCAUUGAUCCAAAUCAUGAUAAUGAAGCUGAUGCAAACCUUUUAGUUAAUGUUAGUGCUACUGCUUCUUCUACCAAACCAUUAACUCUUGAUGCUUUAGUUGGUAUUCAAGAUCCAUUAAAGGAUGGCGUGGCCGAAGCUGUGUUAAAAUGUAAAUUAGCUGGUGUUACGGUUAGAAUGGUUACUGGUGAUAAUUUAAUCACUGCUAAAGCUAUUUCUAAAGGAUGUAAUAUUUUAACUUCUGAAGAUUUAUCAAAUGAAUAUGCUUUUAUGGAAGGUCCUGAAUUCAGAAAAUUAUCUCCAGCAGAGAGAACUAGAAUCGUACCUGAAUUAAAAGUCCUUGCAAGAUCAUCUCCAGAAGAUAAACGUAUUUUAGUUGAUACUUUACGUAAAGCCGGUGAAGUCGUUGCUGUUACUGGUGAUGGUACUAAUGAUGCUCCAGCUUUGAAAUUAGCCGAUGUUGGUUUCUCUAUGGGUAUUGCUGGUACUGAAGUUGCCAGAGAAGCAUCUGAUAUUAUUUUAAUGACAGAUGAUUUUACUGAUAUUGUUCAAGCCAUCAAAUGGGGUAGAACUGUAGCUACUUCAAUUAAGAAAUUCAUUCAAUUUCAAUUAACUGUUAAUAUCACUGCCUGUGUUCUUACUUUCGUAUCAGCUGUGGCCUCCUCAAACAAUCAAUCCGUCUUAACAGCUGUUCAAUUGUUAUGGGUUAAUUUAAUUAUGGAUACUUUAGCUGCAUUAGCUUUAGCUACUGAUAAACCAGAUGAAUCAUUAUUAAACAGAAGACCAGCAGGUAGAACAGCUCCUUUGAUUUCCACAUCGAUGUGGAAAAUGAUUAUGGGUCAGGCUCUUACUCAAUUAAUUAUUACUUUCACCUUACAUUUUGCUGGUCGUCAAAUCUUUUAUGGAGCAGGUGCCGUCCUUGAUAGUCAUGCCAAUAAACAAUUAGAUGCUAUGACAUUUAACACUUUUGUGUGGUUACAAUUUUGGAAAUUAUUCGUUACUAGAAAAUUAGAUGAAGCUGAUGAAGUCACUACUGUUAGAGGUAGAAUGACACGUGAAAAUUUAGAUUUCUUCCAACAUUUGUUCAGAAAUUGGUAUUUUGUUGUCAUUGCCGCUAUCAUUGGUGGUUGUCAAAUCUUGAUUAUGUUUGUUGGUGGUGCUUCGUUCAGUAUUGUUAGACAAACUGGUCCACAAUGGGCAACUGCAAUGAUUUGUGGAUUUAUUAGUAUUCCAGCUGGUCUUCUUAUUAGAUUGAUUCCAAAUUGGUGGGUUGAAAAGAUUUUCCCUACCAAGGCGUUCUUUACAUUUUUAUAUUAUGUCGGAUUUGGAUGGUUAAGUGCUAAAAAGAGAGCUGCUCGUAGAGGAGAUUUAGAAAAACAUAGUGAUGACGAAGAAGAAGUUGAAGAACAUAGCUUAAAACAAAUCAAUUAG